GAUCUUAAAGCUAUAUAAAUUUCAGUCAUACUUGAUACUACAGAUUCAUUACAAGCAAAAACCUAAAGGGUAAUUUUUCUUUCUUGAUUUGAUCAUCAUUUCAGGUCUUAACUCUUAAUCAAUCAUGGACAUGACAGAUUUCGGUGGUUUAUUUGAAAUGGGUAUGGAAGAUUUUGGAUUCAUGAUUCCUCCAUGGACGAUUAUGGAAUCUCUUAAUGAGAAUGAGAUCAACCCAGUUUCAUUCGAAAACACGUCUCGUCGUCAAGGAUUUGAACCUAAACGACCUGCUGAAAUGCUUAACUUCGGCCCUGAAAAGCCACCAAAAAUCCCUAAAUCUGAAUCUUCUGAUUUUGGUUUAUUCAUUCCAAAACAAGUUGCUCUUUCUCCUAACAGUGUGACAAAUUUCCCUUCUCAAUCUAAGAGCCAGAGAACUUCUCAAGCUCAGGGUCAUAUCAUGGCAGAAAGGAAGAGAAGAGAGAAACUGGGUCAAAGAUUCAUUGCUCUUUCUGCCUUGAUUCCUGGUCUCAAAAAGAUGGAUAAGGCUUCUGUUCUUACGGAUGCUAUAAAGCAUUUGAAGCAAUUACAGGAAAGGGUCAAGAUACUUGAAGCUGAAAUCCAGAAGAAGAAAUCAAUGGAAUCUGUAGUGUUGGUGAAGAAGAAGAAGUAUCAGGAGGGUCGUGGAGAAGAAGAUGAUGAUGAUCGGAUUUCAUUCACUGUUGAAGAAGAAACUCUACCGGAGAUUGAAAUUAAACGAUGCAGUGAAAAUGUUCUUAUAAAAAUCCAUUGUGAGAAAAAGAAAGGAAUUCUUGAGAAAGUGAUUGCUGAAAUUCAAAAGUUUAAUCUUUCAUUUGUCAACAGUAAUGUCCUCACUUUUGGAGAAACUAUCUUGGACAUUACAAUUCUCACCACGAUUGACGAUGAAUUUAGCAUGUCGAUAAAAGAUCUUGUGACAUCGAUCAAACGUAUAGUUUGAAAAGGCGUUGGAUUUACAAUAUUUCGAAUAAUCGAUUGACCAUGUUUUGUGAAACUCAAUUGCUUUGAGGUUCUUUUUUUGAAGGUUGGGUUUUUCUUGGUUAUUUUUUUCAUGGUUGACUUAGUUCACCAUGUUUACAUACCCACCUUUGAAUAGAAAAAUAACCUUAUGACUUUUUUUUCUUUUACAAAAUUAGGGUUCAUCGUGACUUUAUGUUUUUGACGGGUUUUUUUAGGGAUUUUGUGGAGAGUAUUAUUCUCUUGUAAGGUCUCUUUGAACUUUGUAAUGUAAUGGAGUUUGAAACUGUUUCAUUUGGAAAUAAUAAAGUAAAUUGUUAUACAUUUUUUUUUUGUUUGGUUAGCAAUAAU